UAAGUCCGCGGAGAUGCUGAAUAAGCAGAGACAGGAGAACUUGAAUGACAUCAUAUGUACUCACCAGCCACACUUUUAUUUCUAUAGAUGUGGCUCAACCCCAGUGGCGUUUAUGUCCGCGGACAUUUCCCAUAUAACAGUCUCUCCCAUAUAAAACAGUCUCUCUUCAUCUUCUAUUCAUUGAAUCUGUCACUCAUCCAGUCUACCACUCACUAAUUUCAACAUGCCAUCCUUCGGUAACUUCAUCUACGCUCAAUUCAUCGCCAAGUACCCUGUUCCUACCACCUCGUUCGCCUCGCAUACCGUGAUCGUGACGGGAGGCAACGGCGGGCUGGGCAAGGAGACGAUUAAGCACAUCGUUCGCAACGGGGCCAGCAAGGUGAUUCUCACCAGCCGGAGUCGGUCUCGUGGCGAAGCGGCAAAGGCAGAGAUAGAGGAUGAGACGAAAUGCAGCAAAUCCGUGAUUGAGGUAUGGGAACUCGACCUCGAGUCCGCCGCGUCGAUCAAGGGAUUCGUUGACAAAGUGAACGGAUUACCCCGUCUCGACGUUAUGAUCAACAAUGCAGGAAUCCAAGGGGUCGAGUUCAAAAUCGUCCAUGGUACAGAGCGCAUUCUGGGAGUGAAUGUCAUCGGAACGUUCCUCCUCGCCAUGCAAGUCGUGCCGAAGCUGAAGGAGACGGCUAGACGGUACGGAGUCACACCACGGAUGACCUUUGUCGGUUCUGCGCUGUACGACGCGGCCUCGUAUCCGAAUGACCCUGGCGACGAUAUAUUCGAGUGGUUUACUGACGAGUCCCGCGUCAACAAGUUCGCCCAGUACGUUAACCCAUGCCUCUUUGGAUGUUUUCCUUUUUCUAACUAAUUGGUAGAUACAAUCUAUCCAAACUGCUUCUCCUCUACGCGAUCAUCCAGCUGGCGUCAAUAGUCAAUUUGGUCGGUGACGCCAACCCCAUCGUCAUCAACUCGCUGGAUCCGUGUUUCUGCAAAACAGGACUCCCAGGCGACAUGACCGGUGUGGUGAAAGUCUUGUUUCGGAUUUUCGAAGCCAUCGCGGCCCGCUCGCCUGAGGAAGGGGGCAGGUUGAUUUUUCAGGCGGCGGCGGCGGGAACC